GUAAUAUAACAUAUCAUUGUUGUUUUGACAGAAAAUGUGUCCUUUUCGCUAAGGUUGGCGGUUUUUUAUUUAUGAUAUGUUAAAAUUGGCGAAAAUUAAAUGUAAUUUAUUGAAUUUUACUAUUCAAAUGGAUAAGAGCAGUAUUCAUCAAGCCGUUGUCAAACAAAGUCGUAUAAAGGCUAAAGGAAAAUCAAAAUUUCCUCCAGGUAUUGUUAAGUUUCAAGUGUUAGGUAGUGGAGCUGAUGGCGCACCAAGAUGUUUGUACUUAUUUACCGAUCAUUCCAGGUAUUUGUUUAACUGUGGGGAAGGGACGCAAAGGUUAGCUCAUGAACAUAAAAUGAAGUUAUCUAAAUUAGAACAUGUAUUCAUCACUCAUUCAGAUUGGAAAAAUAUUGGUGGAUUACCAGGAUUGGCAUUAACUCUCCAAGAUGUAGGUGUGCCAAAAAUUGAACUCCAUGGCCCUAAAGGAUUAGAAGAAUUGUUUGUGGCUACCAAACGUUUUAUUAUAUUACGUGAUCUCAAAAUAAUAGAAAGUAAAAGUAACCCUUUGACACAAUUUGAAGAUAAUGCAAUGUCAGUAAAUUAUAUACCUUUAUUUUCCAACAAGAGUGAAAAGAGUUAUUUGUCACUGUCAGACAAUUCAAUUAAUAUUGAUAACACAUUUAAAUUACAAGCCUUAGAUAAUUCUUCUGAAGAUGAUACUAAUUAUUAUGAUUAUGAUGAUAUAAAUAACUCAUAUAAAAAGGAAAAAAAGAAACGUAAACGGAGUGCAUCUGAUUCUAAAACUGAUGAAAAGAAAUUCAUGAGUGAUUAUCCCAUUGAUAAAAUAAACCAUACAGCUAUGUCAUAUGUAUGCCGCCUAAAACCAAAACCUGGUAUUUUAGAUUUAAAUGAAUGUGUCAAAUACAAUGUUCCACCUGGGCCAUUACUUGGGCAAUUAAAAUCUGGUAAAGAUAUAAUUUUGCCUGAUGGAAGAGAAGUUAAAUCUAGUGAUGUUACAUCCCCUGAAGAUCCAGGACCUGUUUUUAUUGUUGUUGAAUGUCCAGAUGAAAGCUAUAUAGAUGCCUUAUUUAAUGAAUCAAUUUUUGUAAAACAUCAAAAAAAUGCUUCUAACAAAGAUGAUAUUGCAUUUAUGGUUGUACAUUUUUCUUCAGCAGAAGUACGAAGUAAUUCAAGGUAUCGAGCGUGGAUGGAUUUAUUUCCUUCUGAAACUUACCAUUUAUUAUUAAACAAUGAAAAUAAGUGUUUAGGAAGUACUGCUAUUCAUAGAAUACAGUAUAAGCUAAAUAUGUUAGAUGAAAAAAUUUUCCCUUUACUCAAAGAUAAUGGAAUACCCAUUCUUAAAGGGAGUUCAAAUAACUGCAUUAAUAAAAGUUCUAGUGAUUUUACAAAUGUGAUAAAAGGCAAAACUAAUUUGAUAUUCAAUUUAAGACCAAAACGGGAUAUUGAUGAUUCAAAUACACUAAAUUUAAAUAUAAACGAAUUUAAAGCAGAAACAUUAAAUGUUGAAGGAUUUGAUAAGGUAAUAAAAAAAGUGAAACAAAGUAUUUCAAAUGCUACUCUUAUAGAUUCAAAUACGUAUCCAAAGAUAACAUUUCUUGGUACAGGAUCUUGUAUACCAAGUAAAACAAGAAAUACUAGUGGUAUACUAGUGUAUACUGAUCAUAGUGAAUGUAUGCUGUUAGAUUGUGGAGAAGGAACAUAUGGUCAAUUAGUUAGGCAUUUUGGUUUAUCUGGUACUGAAAAAGUAUUAGCUGAUCUAAAAGCCAUUUAUAUUUCACAUUUACAUGCCGAUCAUCAUAUUGGUUUAAUUGGAGUUUUUAGCGCUUUACAAAAUUUAAAAAAAAAAGGAUUAAUUGCAUUUGAUCAUCAACCAGUAUAUCUUUUGGCUCCAAUGCAAAUUAUGACUUGGUUAAAUUUUUAUCAUCGACGGUUUGCUGAGUUGAACACAGAGUUUCAAUUAAUUUCAAAUGCAGAUUUGGAUUUUGAGUCACAAAAUACAAUUAAUGGAAAUUUAUUGAAACAAACUAGCAUGAAAAGUAUUGAAACUACAUUAGUCAGACAUUGUCCUAAUGCUUUUGGAGUUUCAUUUACCCAUAAAAAUAACUGGAAAGUAACAUAUUCUGGUGACACAAUGCCUUGUGAUUCUUUAGUAAAAUUGGGAAAAAAUUGUAAUCUUCUUAUACAUGAAGCAACUAUGGAAGAUCAAUUGCUAUCCGAAGCAAAAAAAAAAAUGCAUUCUACAAUGUCUCAAGCUAUAAAUAUUGGUAGAAAAAUGAAUGCUAAAUUUAUACUUCUAACACAUUUUAGUCAACGUUAUGCAAAAAUUCCUUACAUAGCAAGUAAUGACUUUCCUGAAAAUGUUGGAAUAGCAUUUGAUAACAUGGAGAUAACACCAAGUGAUCUACAUAAAUUACCAUUAUUAUACCCUGCGCUCAAGAUAAUAUUUUCAGAACAUUUUGAAGAAAUGGAAGCAAAGUGUUUCAAAUUAAAAUUAAGAGAAGAAAAAUCUCGAGCUCUUAUGUAAAAUCAUAAAUUAAUAUUUUUGUUAUUUAUUUUAGAACACAUAAUAAAAAAUAAUAAUUUUUUUACAUUA